CAACAAUCACACAAACACACCCGCUCUUCUCUUUGGAAGUAUUUUUUAGUUUUUAAACGUAAUUUAUUUGUCUUGGGCGUAACAUUAAUUUACUGGAGCUCAAAAUGUCAAACCCUCUGCAACUUCUCUUCAUCGUGGUGAAGAAGACUGUGGAGCCACUUUGGGAGGGAAAUAACGGUACACGACGUUAGCUGAAGGUUAGCUUCUCAGAAACAGGUAGCUCGAGUGGACAGCUAGCUGCUGAGAGAGGGAGGCUCAGCCAUGGAGCGCGGAACUUUUUCAAAGUACUCCUGGACCGACUUCGUCUUCUCCGUGAUCGGAGUGUGCACUUUUCUCGUAGACUGGGGCUCCGAUGUUUGGGUGGCCACUGAGUUUUACUGCCGAGGAGACUUCUUCUGGUUCGGAGUCCUGGUUGGCCUCAUGGUCCUGUCGUCCGUCGUGGUCCAGAUGUUCAGCUGGUUCUGGUUCAAGUACGACCGAGAGCUGCCGGGCUUCAGCCCACAGACUGGGGCGAAAAGCGUGCUCUUCGGGGACCGAGUGAAGCUGUCUUGCCUGCUGCAUGUUCUACAACUGGGCUUCCUCUUUAGACACAUCUCCGCCAUACGUCAGGGCUUUAGAGUCUGGUGGAGGAAAGAGGAAGGGUCAGAGUAUGCUGUUUACCUGACACAUGACCUGAGCAUGCUCCGUCUUAUCGAGACCUUCUGUGAGAGCGCCCCUCAGCUCACCCUGAUGAUCCACGUCAUACUUCGCACCAACAAGGCCAGGACCGUUCAGUUUGUAAGUAUUGCUGCUUCAACCACCUCCAUAGCCUGGAUGGUGGUGGAUUACCACCGCUCCCUGCGCGCCUUCCUCGUAGACAAAGCCAAGCAGGGAUGGGGGUCCUCCUUAAUCUAUUUCCUGUGGAAUCUGCUGCUAAUCGCCCCACGGGUGGCGACGCUCGCCCUGUUCUCCUCUGUCCUUCCUGGAUACAUCGCCGCCCAUUUUCUGAUGCUGUGGUUCGUCUUCGUGCUGUGGGCGUGGCAACAGAGGACAAACUUCAUGGACAGCGUGGGUGGGGAGUGGCUGUACCGGUCCACCGUGGGGCUCAUCUGGUACUUCAGCUGGUUUAACGUGGCUGAGGGUCGGACCCGUGGCAGGAGCCUAAUCUACCAUUCCUUCAUGACCAUAGAUGGGGCGGUCCUGCUGGUGACCUGGUGGUGCUACAGAGACCUGGUCCAGACUGAUGCGUACGUCCUCCCACUUCUCAUCUCUCUACCUCUCACUUACCUCCUGGGGCUGCUUUUUAAAACCCUGUACUACUUCUGCUUCCACCCUAAACUGUGGAGACCCCUGGGGAGGGAGCCCGGACUGCCCAGUGAUCUGCCUGAUGCAGAAGUGUCCUUUAGAGACUUUUCCAUCCAGGACAGCACCCCGUCCUCUACACUUGUCAACAAACGCAUGGCUUGCCACGCCACUAAUUUUUACACAGAUCAAAGAGUCCUCCGAAACCCUCACGGCACAAACGGUGCCGAGCCCCCUCAUCUGUGAUGUCUGACUUUUUACUGAAUGAAGCAUCUGUUUCUGUUUCUCAGAUUUGUGCUGCAGUUUUUUCUGCAGGCUUAGUGCACUAAAAUAGUUUUCCAAUGUGCACUAAAACUCCAAAGUUUUUCCAGCCAAAGUGCACUUAAGAACAUAAAUGAUUGACAAAUUAAGAUCAAACAUUAGUUGGUCUCCAACUUGUAGCUUCAUAGUCCAGUGUGCACGUAGGACAAUAUCACCUCUGCCUAAGCAAUGGGAAUAUUCCCACUAGUGCAAACAUGUCUGAAGUGAACCAUUCCCUUCUGUGGCUUCAAAGUACAGAUUCUAAAAUCGUACAUGAAACAAGAAACUUGCAAUAAUAAACUUGUAUUUACACUAAGUGUACUUUUACAUUCAAGCAUAAAUAUACAGACAGUGUUUAUAUUGUGAUAAAGGGGAUUUCUGGAUACAUUUUUAACUGAAGCGUCAAAUGAAAUACCUGAUGAGCACUCGGCUCAGUCUGGCGUUUACACAAAGAUGCUCCCACAGUGGCUUCUUACAACCACAAAUACUGUACUGUAACUAUACAAACACUAGUCAGCCACAACAUUAACACCACCUGCCUAAUUAUGUGUACGUCCUCUCAUGCUGUCAAAGCCUCUCAGACCUGCUGGGUUACCAACACAGGAGCUGUGAGGGCGUUUGGUGGUUGGUAGGUUUAUGUGUGUUCUCAGCGAAUAGAUAAUCUGCUAAAGGUUUUAGCGGUGUGGCUAAUGUAUAAAUUACAUUAGAAAAAAAUUGCAUACAGCUUUAAUUUUUCAUUCUGUUUGAAGCAGGAAUAGUUUGAUAAGCUAAACCAAAUCUGUUUGUGUGCUUUUUAGUUGUUUUUUUAUUACUCCAGCCUGUUAGUAGCCUAAAUAUUACUGUUAAGUGUGAGCAGAAAGACAGUUUUUCUAUAUAGGUGUUAUAGUUCAGUUCACUUUAGGAUUUCUAGAAAUAGAAUUAGAAUAGAAUUUGAAAAAGCUAAACUUUUUUAUAUGUAAUUAUAAAAGCUAAACUAUAAAUGGUUUAAUACAGAGACUUGGUUAAAGAGUAAAAUAAAAACAGCAAUCUUACAUUUGUACAAUGUUUCUGGUGGGUUUUCUUUUUUAUUAAAAGUCUGGGAGAUCUGGAUUCUCCCUCUAAAUUGAAAUUCGUUUUUGAAACACUGCAAAAAUUGUUUCUGAGGUUUUAAAUUACCUUUGUUGUUGUGUGUGUGUUUUAUUUUAUCUUGUUAGAGUUGCUGCUGGAACCUUUUUGAAUGUAAAUUUCACUGUAAGUUCUUGUUCAUAGUUUCUUUUCAAAAGCUGGUCAAGUGUUUUAAAUCCAUUAGCUUGGUUUCUCCUUUUUUCUUUUGUGUUGUAAUGCGAGUUCAGCUAACCUGCUGAUUUGUUACAGACAUGAACGUUUUAGAAAUGAAGAUAUUUCUCUGCAUUUAGCUGCCAAAUCUAGUGUUAUUGUCGCUCAUCCAUCCAAUAUCUGUUUAGCUUGUUCAACUAUGUCAUGUGCCAAAAUACUUUUACUUUAGUAUACAUGCAGAGCUGAAAGCACAUCCUUGUCUCAGCUUUUUGAGUAAACCUGCCUCCACGUCAUCAUUUACAUCAUUUACAAUAUGUUGAAACUCUGUUCUGUAAAAAAAGAGUUGUUAGUGUUUGGAGCCACUUUUUGGCAUGCUGUCAGCUGGUAUGAAAAGUUAAGGGGAUUACUUCCUGUUAAACAUUUACCUCAUCUGUCCUGUGCAAUUAUUAAA